CGAGGGUUGUGUGGGCCUCAGUGUUUGUGGAGUCCAACAUAUCCUCCAAUUUCUCCCUUUAAUGGGGGAUCUGUGACGUUCAAUUUACCCUUACAGUGAGCUGCUUCUAACUCACUAGAGACUUGACAUAUGAAAGAGCAACACUGUAGUGACAGCAAUAACUAGGGAAGUAUGCCAAAGAUGUUAGUGUGGUUGAGAAUGGCUUUGAAGGUCUAAUUUAAGCCCAAGCCAGUCUACAGUACAUAGCUUGUAACUUGUAAAGGCUUCCUUUUUCAGUUCAGAUAACUUGUCAAAACUUUACAUUACUGUGCAGUGUGAUCAUUUGAGUUGGUUGAAAUUUGUUGUAUAUUAGAAAAUGGUUAUGCAGAAUUAGUACAAAAUUAUUAGAUUUUUUAAUAUAAUUCAGAAUAAAAUAUAAUAUUCUAGCUUUAUAUAUUAUAAUUCAACUUAACUGUAGUUGAGGAAUCUUGUAUUAUGUACAAGUUUUUGUUUGCAGGCCAGUACUGUAUGCCACCAACCAUAUGUUGCUUUUCAUGUGAAAACCAUUUAUUUAGUAUUUAGAUGAGUUAAAGACUCAAAGGCUAGUUUAAAAGUUGUGGAAUUACAGAGUGUGGGACUAGGGUUGAUCUAAAAAAUUUAAUGGCAGGGUAGCCUGUAUUUUAAUAUUUUUUUUAUUGACACUAGACACAAGCAGAUCAUCUACAAAAAAAGCUGGGAUUUUUCAGCAGAAGAGAGCUAAAUAUGGGAUGGGGUAUAUACCCCACCACAUAGACAUUCCUUUAAGAAGUACAUGUGUACAAGUACAUGUAUACUACAUACGUGUGUCACAAGGUGCACAUUAAAAAACUGGUUGGCAGCUGUUUAAGAGUCAAAAUCGAUUUCUAAGUAAAACAAAGAAGUGUUCACACAACAGUCGAAUGGUGAAAAGUACAAAGUGAAAGGGUAUGGGACACCGGCAUUGGGUGAUGCUGGUGGAGACAACAAGACGAUGAUGACACGUUUAUACAAACAGUGAGACGAGGGGGACGUAAACACAAGCCAAAAGAGGAGCCAGAAGCAUAAGCAUAGGUUAAGGGCAACGUGUGAGGGGUGUAAAAAGGAAAUAUUUAUUGUUUUGAAUGCCUGCUUAAGCCGCCAAAUUGAGUACAUUCGGGCCUCCCCUCCCUCCCCUCAACAUGUCUGAUGAUGAGGAUAAGCCACCAGCUCCACCUGUCAGACUAACUUCCACCAGGACGGAACCAGUAAUGGCAGUAGACAUGCGGCCACUGCCCAAAGAACCCGAGUCAGAGAAGAAGAAGCAUAAGGGACAUAAAGGGGGCAAAAGACACAAGGAUAGCGAUAAACCAAAUAUUUCAUAUCCCACCAAUUUUGAACACACAAUCCAUGUGGGUUUUGAUGCUUGUACAGGGGAGUUUACGCCUACAGGGGACCAUAGCAGUUGCCAGGGCAUGCCUGAUUCCUGGACAAAGCUGCUCUCCAUCUCCAACAUCAGCAAACAGGAGCAGAAGAAUAAUCCUCAGGCAGUGCUCGACGUACUCAACUAUUAUGAUGCCUCCACCAAAGAACACCAAACAUCAAAGUUCAUGACUGUCACAAAGUCUGUUGUGACCGAAGAUACAAUCAUGAGAUGUCAACUAUCAGACCCAUCACCAAGACCGAGUUAUCAGGGAGGUGGUGUUAAUAUUCCUGCUUAUCCAGCAACUCCUUCACCACACAAAAUAUCAGAUGCUUCAUCCGGGUCUCCAUCCACUCCUGAAACUUGCUCUGAAGUUAGCGUUCCUGAAGAGGAAGAAGAGGAACCGCCACCUCCUCCUAUAGCAACAAGACCAGAACGUACAAAGUCAAUAUACACCAAACCUGUUGAAGACGAGGCCAAUGCAAAUGGAGCUGCAUUAGACAGCAAUCGCAACCCACAAGCUACAAACAUUACCCCUACCCCUGUUCCCACACCAGCACCUGCGCCUCCAACCACUACAAACACAAGUGUGAGUACAGCAAUAGAGAGGACAGCUGAGAAGCAGAAGAAGAAGAAAAUGAGUGAUGAGGAAAUUUUAGAACGAUUAAGAAGUAUAGUAUCUGUUGGAGACCCCAACCGCAAGUAUACUAAAAUGGAAAAGAUUGGCCAGGGAGCAUCGGGUACAGUGUACACAGCAAUUGAAACUGCUACAGGGGUGGAGGUAGCAAUUAAACAGAUGAAUCUAUCUCAGCAACCAAAGAAAGAGCUUAUUAUCAAUGAAAUUCUGGUCAUGAAAGAAAAUAAGCACCCUAAUGUUGUUAAUUAUUUGGAUUCCUAUCUUGUAAAUGAAGACUUAUGGGUAGUUAUGGAAUAUUUACCUGGUGGCUCCCUGACUGAUGUUGUCACGGAAACAUGCAUGGAUGAAGGGCAGAUUGCGGCAGUUUGCAGAGAAGUACUUCAAGCACUCGAGUUCCUACAUCUGAGCCAGGUUAUACAUCGUGACAUCAAAUCAGAUAAUAUCUUGUUAGGAAUGGAUGGCAGUGUCAAGCUUACUGACUUUGGUUUUUGUGCACAAAUAUCUCCUGAGCAGAACAAGAGGACAACAAUGGUUGGGACUCCAUACUGGAUGGCCCCUGAAGUGGUGACACGGAAGCAGUAUGGCCCCAAAGUUGACGUAUGGUCGUUGGGUAUAAUGGCCAUAGAAAUGAUAGAAGGAGAACCUCCAUACUUGAAUGAAAAUCCUCUCAGAGCAUUGUACCUGAUUGCAACCAAUGGAAAACCAGAGUAAGGAGCGGAGAAGCUAUCUCAUGUGUUCCAGGAUUUCCUUGACCAGUGUUUGGAUGUUGAAGUUGAAAGGCGCUCCACAGCCCACCAACUCCUUAAGGUUUGGAUUAGUCUUGUCUUUCCCUAUUUCCAACCUUAAAUUCCAAACUGAUUAUACUUUCCCUUUUUUUAUCACAAAUUCAUAAUAUUUCUUAAGAUUAUCCUUCCCUGUUGGUGUUUCUUACUUACCUUUAAAAUAAUUUCUUAUCCUUUUCACAUUCCAUUUUAUACUUGCAUGUGCAAAUGUAUUUUAGACAAUUACAGGUUCCAAAUGGCUUAUAGCUCUUGAUUUAGGCAUAUUUUUUGUGUUGAUU